AUUGUAGAUUUUUUCAAUUAAUUUGUUUGUUGACUGUAUAAUAAGCAUAAAAAAUUGUCAAUACACUUUCAUUUCUUCAGUCAUCAUAAAACAGAAGACCCCUUUUUUCCCCUUCUUCUCUUGUAUUUGGCAGAAAAAGAAAAGUCCAUUUGGAAAAAAGAUCUUGAAUUCAUCAAAAAGAUUCAAUCUUUUUUAUGAGAGACGAUCCAUGAUUUGGCGCUGAUUGUUCGCUUCCUAUCUUUUUGUGUCUUCUUGCUCUUAAUGUUGGAGUAAGAGGUUUUUGUCUUUUGAGUAGUUCGGUGGCGGAGUUGGUUAUGACAUUCGACGUAUCUGCUGAAAGCUUCUGAGACUUUGUGACUACUUUUAACGAAGAGACUUCGUUAGCUUGGAGCAGUUGUUCAGCAUUUUAGCCAAUUUGAAGAGAGUGCGUGACUGAUCCCAAUAUGCGCGCAUCCCAGAUACCUCAAUCAUCAGGCGGAGUUCACAAGUUGUGCCAUCAGCCAACGGCGAACUUUGAGCAAUAUUAUAGCCCUUACCAUGUAGUUAACAACAAUUCCAGCGAUACUAGCAGCUCGGGGACACAGCUCUCUUAUCAGACACAGAAUGAUAAGUUUUUCACUCUUGACUCACUUCCUGAUGCUGGUUACGUUAGCUAUGAUUCGCCUCCUGCUGUAAGCGUCUCGUCCAACUGGAGUCCGUUCUCUCCUCAGUGUUCUCAGUCGUACAUAUCGGAUCAGCACCAUUCCUCAGACAACACUUAUGGUUCACCUUUGAGCGGGUGUUCAGUAAUUAAUGAUGGGAAUGAACUGAAGCAUGUGCUAAGGGAGAUGGCGAAUAAUUUGCUAGGGCCUGGUUUUGAUAUUGAUGAAGACAGCAGUUGUUCUUUCAAUGGUGAGGUCUCAAAACCUUCAAAGUGGAAUCGCGUAUUGGAAAUUGCACCGAGCUUGGACAUGAAAGAGCUGCUUCUUGCGUGUGCUGAAGCAAUAUCGGAUGUCGAAGUCACAGCUAGAGAUGCUCAGAUGAAUGUCUUAGAGCAAAAGGUAUCGGAUGCUGAUGUGACAGCUAGAGAUGCUCUGAUGAAUGUCUUGGAGCAAAAGGUAUCAGUUUCCGGGGAACCUAUGCAACGAUUAAGCGCAUACAUGUUGGAAGGACUCAAAGCAAGAAUAUAUUCUUCGGGAAGUAACAUCUACAAAAUGCUCAAGUGCAAGGAACCAACUGGUUCAGAAUUGAUCUCUUACAUGCAAGUCCUCUAUCACAUCUGCCCCUACUACAGAUUCGCUUACACAUCCGCCAACGUUGUGAUUGAAGAAGCCAUGAGGAAUGAGAGCAGAAUCCAUAUAAUUGAUUUUCAAAUUGCACAAGGAAGUCAAUGGGUGUUCCUUAUGCAAAAUCUUGCUCGUCGGCCUGGCGGACCCCCUUCUGUCCACAUCACAGGUGUUGAUGAUUCCCAAUCAGCUCAUGCACGCGGUGGUGGACUUCACCUAGUAGGCGAAAGGCUAGCGAAAGCUGCUGCAUCAUGUGGAGUGCCUUUUGAAUUCCAUGCUGCUGCUAUAUCGGGCUGUGAGGUUCAUCUAGAAAACCUUCAAAUGAGACAUGGAGAAGCCUUGGCAGUUAACUUCCCGUACGUGCUGCACCACAUGCCAGACGAGAGUGUAACCACUGUAAACCAUCGAGACCGUCUACUCAGAUUGGUUAAGAGCUUGUCCCCGGAAAUAGUCACCCUUGUUGAACAAGAAUCCAACACCAACACUUCUGCUUUCCUUCCAAGAUUCCGUGAAACUCUGGAUUACUACACCGCAAUGUUUGAGUCAAUUGCUGCAGGUCGCCCGGGGGAUGACAAGCAAAGGAUCAAUGCAGAGGCGCAUUGUGUGGCACGAGACAUUGUCAACAUUAUAGCAUGCGAGGGGGCUGACAGAGUGGAAAGACACGAAGUUUUUGGAAAGUGGAGUAUGAGACUUACAAUGGCUGGAUUUACUCCAUGCCCCUUGAGUCCAUCAGUUGGUGAAGCCAUCAACGGCGUGUUGAAAGAGUUCAGCCCAAAUUAUCGACUUGCAGAGAGCAAAGGCGCGCUUUAUCUUGGAUGGAAGAACAGAGCUUUAGCGACUUCUUCAGCUUGGAGAUGACUGUCGUCUAAGGUGUAAAUCUCUCCCUACAUGAUCUUCGUACACCUUUUUGAUUUUACGAGAUGUAGGACAAACGAAAAUCUUAGGCGUGUACAUGUCAACAACAUUGGAAAUGAAAUAGUGAACUCUGAAAUAGAAUUGUGCAUCUACACAUUUAUGGACAUGGAUUUAGCAGAAAACAUCUAUACUAAGUUGGACAUUGGAAAUGUUCUUGCUUCUUUUGCUCUCUA